CUCUUGUUGAACUACCUUCGGUGGAGGAGGACAAGUCCUGAAAUCAGCAGCUGUCUGUCUCCCUCCUCUGUGCUGGGUCUCCUGAACGCAUCGUACCACACCGUCCUCCCACAGAGGGACCACACCGGCAGCAGGGUGCUCAUAUACAGGAUCAGUCGGUGGAACCCAAAGGACUGGUCAGCCUUCCAGGUGUUCAGGAUCAGCUUGAUGACAUCAGAAAUCAUCUCUAUGGAGACAGAAACUCAGAGGCGUGGUCUGAAGGCCAUAUUCGACCUGAAAGGCUGGAGUCUUGGCCACGCCUGGCAUAUUAACCCUUCGCUUGCUAAGAAGAUCUCUUCUGUGCUUUUGGUUCAUAUGCACGGCACAGAGUUUCACAACACUUUAAGAGAUUUCUUCCCGGAACAGAUCUUGCCUCCAGAAUAUGGAGGGCAGGGACCUGGGAUUGAAGAGGCCUGUCAGGACUGGACCCAUCAUCUGCUGCAGUCUGAGAAUCUUCUCAAUCAGAUUGCUGAACAUCCAACUGGUGAUGUCCUCACAGUUCCUGACCACUCCAUCAUCUCAGAGGAAGCUGAGGACAAACAACCCUCUGAAGUAUGAUGGCUGGGUCAGAAGUCUCAGUCAGGACAGCUGAUGCCUCUCAGCAAGGAGGUCCCCGGAUCUAAUCCCAGCAAUCCAAGAGGUCUCCUGGAGGAGAGACGAAACGUUUCAUUGAAGAAGAACCUGUCCAGAAGACUUGCUUUAUUCUUCUUUUUGGUUUU